AAAUUGGCUUGCAUGAAACAGCCAUCUUGUUUUAAAAAUUGUAUGACGCUUCGGCUAAUUACACACGAUAUUGUCAAUUGUUUGCGGUAAUAUUUGUGCCAAUAUACUAGUGUUAUUAAAGCGUAAAAAAACCCAAUUGAAUUGAAUUUUAAUAAAGUGAUAUUGUGAAAAUAUCAAGCAUCAUGAAAGCAGACGAUUCACCAAUGCCAAGUGAUGAACGUGAAAGAAGUCGUGAACGUGAUAGAUCAAGACGUUCAGAGCGUCAACAAAUAACACCAAAACCUGAUGAUCGUGAUAGAAGUAGAGAAAAAAAUGAUCGUGGUAGACGUGUUUCUGAACGUCGUAUUUACGUAUCAAAUAUACCAUAUGAUUAUAGAUGGCAAGAUUUAAAAGAUUUAUUUCGUGAUAGUGUUGGUAAAGUAACUCAUGUUGAAUUAUUUACUGAUGAAAGUGAAAAACCAAGAGGUUGUGGAAUUGUUGAAUUUGAAGAUGCUGAUUCAGUUAAAGUAGCUGUUGAAAAAAUGCAUAGACAUGAUAUACGUGGACGUAAACUUGUUGUUAAAGAAGAUUAUGAUGUUGAACGUGAUAAAUAUGGUCGUUUACAAAAUGGUCGUGAUAAUGGUAAUAGAGAAGAUCGUUAUCGUGAUCAACCAAGAACAAAUCAACGUUCAUUAGGUAUGUCUGUUACAAAUCUUGGCUUAACAGAUAAUACUGGUGAUAAAUUUGGCAAUACAUAUGGUUUAAGUACACAAUUUUUAGAAUCAUUAGGAAUAAAUGGUUCACUUGUAACACGUGUAUUUGUUGCAAAUCUUGAUUAUAAAGUUGAUGAAAAAAAAUUACUUGAAGUAUUUAAACUUGCUGGUAAAGUUAUUAAUAUUGAACUUGGUAAAGAUAAAGAAGGUAAAUCACGUGGUUUUGGUGUUGUUGAAUAUGAUCAUCCAGUUGAAUCAGUACAAGCAAUAUCAAUGUUACAUAAUCAACAAUUAUUUGAUCGUCGUAUGACUGUAAGAAUGGAUCGUGCAAAUGAUCCAGAUGUACCACCAAAAUUACCAGAAGGUUUAAAAGGUAUUGGUAUGGGUCUUGGUGCUGGUGGUAAUAGACUUAUGGAUGUUGCUAGAAAUAUACCAAAUGUACAAACAAAUAAUACACCAGUUGUUAAUACAAUACCAACACCUGUACUAGCAACAAAUGCAUUUGGUGCUAGUCUUAAUAAUGUUGUACCAUCACAACUUGCAUCAGCAUUAUCAAAUUCAAAUGCAGCAGCAUUACAAGCAUCAUUACAAGCAAAUUUAACACAAAAUUCAUUAUUAAAUCCAUCAUUAACAUCUGAUUUGGCAACAAAUUUAAGUAAUUUUAAUACAAAUAGCUUGUCUAGUUUACAAGCAUCACUUGCUGCUAAUAAUCAAACAAAUAAUACAUUUGCACCACGUGGAAUUGGUAAAUUAGAUACUGAUGUUAGUUUUAGUAAUAAUAAUGCAUUUGGUAAUUCAACAUUUACAACACGUAGUGAUUUUGAUGCAUUUGGACGUAAUAAUAGUAAUAAUAAUGAUAAUAAUGAUCGUAUGACAAGUGCAGCAAGUUUAUUUACAUCAAAUCAAAAUCAAAAUCAAAUCCAAAAUCAAAAUCAACAAUCAACUGGUAACAGACAAAAUAGUAAUGGCUCACGUCUCAUGUCUGAUACUAUUUUAAUUGGCAAUCUUCCUCCAACAACAACUUGGCAAAUGUUACGUGAUAAAUUUCAGGAUGUUGGUGAUGUUAAAUUUGCUGAAAUGAGAGGCAAUGAAGUUGGAAUUGUACGUUUUUCAUCAGAAUGGGAUGCUGAGAGAGCAGUGUCUAUCAUGAAUCGAUCAAGAAUUGAUAACAGGACAAUUGAAGUACGUCUAUGCUAAACAACAGUAUCGACAAGUGUCACAAGGUAAAAAACAAAAAAACAAUAAAACAAAAUAGCUCUGCAAUUCCAUAUAUAGCUUUGACGAUUUAACAUAUUGAUGUGGAUUUUUCAAGUGGAUAUUUGAGUCGAUUUUUUUGGCUUGUUGGAUUGGACUCGAGGCUCUCCAUGCUGAUUUUUAAUAUAUUAAUUUUCAGUAAUAAUUAGUUUAUAUUCUUUUUAUAAUUUUCGACUCAAUAUUUCUUGUUUGAGUAUUUUGUUUGAGGAUUUUGUGAACGAGAUGAAAAGAAAAAAAACCAAGAAAAACAAAAAAUGAAAAGAUGAUACAUUGUGGCACUUAAAUUGUCGAUAAUUAUUCAUUUUGAUAUCUCAAAUUCAAGUUCUUCGAUAUUAUAGAUUAUGGAUUAUCGAAUUUUCUUGUAAAUGAAGAGUCAAAUUAACAAUAUAAUUUUUAUUUGUAUUUAAAAUUAAUAAUUAAGAUUUAACAUAAAUAUCAUUCUUGUAUUCCAUAAUCUUUAUGUGAAUUUUAGAUCUUUAUUAGGGCUUUGAUUAUUAAUCGUAACUUUAGGUUUAUUCAUCAUAAGCAUUACCUAAAUGUAGACUCAUUUUUUUUUUACAUAUAAUUUAGAUUAUUUCGUUUCUUGAUUGACAUUUUUAUUUAUCAGCGCUUUUUAAUUAUUAUCAUUUAGUUUUUUUUUAAAAAAUAAGAAAAAAAAUGUCGACAUUGAAAUUAGGUUUUCAUCGUUGUCAAUCGAGUGUCAAAAUUAGUUUUUUUUUUUUUAAAUUCGCUUGUUCAAUUCAAGAAACAAGGUUGUCGUUUCAAAUCGAAAAUGUGUGACCCUUUUUUUUUUUUUUUAAAAAGAAAUAAUAAAAAAAGAAAAAAAAAAAACGUUUUUUUUUUUUAAUUUUUUUAAUUUUUUUCUUGUGUGUGAUGUUUAGUCGUUUCUACUUUUCAAUGAUGAAUUUUAUUGUCUAAUAAAUGGGCUUGAUUCUCGCACAAGAUUUACCAAUCGUUUUGUCAUAUUUUUUUACCAUGUAAAUAAUUUAAUUUUGUAUUUUUUAAAGCAUUGAAAUCGAUGAGUUUUUCGAUGUGAUGAGUUUUCAGUUGGAC